AAGAAAAGAAAAAAGAAAUGAAAAAGUUGAGGACAGUGUAAGCUCGCGUUGAGCCGCAGACUCGACACACAGAGAUCGAUCCAUCGACCGGACAAAAGUAAACAAAUGGUAUCAACAUCGUCGUCUUCGAAAGGGGACUGAACCUCGGGGAGCAGCUCGUCAAUGGCGUCGGAGUCGAAGGGCUGGAGCAGAACAGCUCGAGGUGUGGUGAUCAAGGCCCUGGUUCUCGCGGGAGGAGCUCUCCUCCUCAAGCGCCUCACCAAGUCCACCACCCGCUGGGACCACGCCCGUUUCGUCGCCAACUCCCUCUCCGGCGAGAAGUUUUCGAGGGAGCAAGCUUCCAGAGAUCGUGAUAAUUACUUCAACAUUAGAUUGCUCGCAUGCCCAGCAGCGGAAAUGGUGGAUGGUUCGAAGGUUUUGUAUCUUGAGCAGGCAUUUUGGAGAACUCCACAGAAACCGUUUAGGCAGCGAUUCUGUCUAGUGAAGCCUUGUCCAAAGGAGUUGAAGUGUGAUGUUGAGGUGAGUACAUUCGGCAUCAGGGACAUGGAAGAGUACAAGAAUUUCUGUGAUCGUCAAAAAGACCAGCGGCCACUGCCUGAAGAAGUUAUUGGGGACAUCGCUGAACAUUUGACCACCAUCCAUCUCAAACGCUGUGAUCGUGGAAAGCGUUGUUUAUAUGAAGGUUCGACUCCACCAGGCGGAUUUCCUAAUACAUGGAAUGGAGCAGCUUAUUGCACUUCAGAACUCGCUAUCUUGAAGAACAACGAAGUGCAUAUCUGGGACAGGGGCUAUGACGAGGAAGCCCAACAGGUCUGGGGACCUAGGUCAGGUCCAUACGAGUUUAAACCUGCUCCAGCACCGAGCUACAAUGACGUGUUCUCUCUAAAUUUCCCCACCUCUGCGCAGUCUCUGGAAAAAAGAAUAGAAGGUUCAUUUGUGUUAAGAGAAUAAUCCUAUGCAGACUGAAUUCUUUGUAUACUGUAGUAGUAGCUAUGGCUUUGGAAAGUAUAUAGCAUAUGCUUCUCACUAUAUACUAUAUACUCUCGGGUCCAUAUGUGCUAUUCUCUUGCUCUAUUUCUCUUUAGCAGUCUUCGGCAAUGAUCGUUAUCAUGGAUUAAAUUUUGAGAUAACCUUCAAGUGUUUACAGAGAGAGCAAAAGAAACCACGUAGUUAUCGGGGAUUCCUACAGAAGUCUGUGCUUUGUGAAAGGCGCUGGAAGCGAUAAUCACAUCGGAGCUAAGCUUCUUGUUCAGUCUCUGUAGCAUCUGCAGGAACUCUGCCAGCGGGGGCUCUCCAGCACAUGCAUCCGCAUGGACAUGUUUCUUGGAGGAAAUAAUGAAUAACAAAUCGAACGUUCUCUGGUAAUGUUGGGAUGGUUCAGAUCAGAGUGUCGGAGAAAGAACCCUGGACAUGUACGUAGAAAUACUGAUGCACCGAUGGAUGCACGGAGCCGGCUAAGAUGUAGUUGUUGCUGUUGUCCACGAGCAAAGUACCAGAUUGCAAAGAAAGCCCGGCGAACUUGAUCGCUGAAGUACAGUGAUGAUCACUUUUUGUUGUGUGACAAUAACAUGUUUGAAGGAAUAAAGGCGAAGAUUAUGGUCCGGCCCGUUAUUGGUGAAAUAUCCAAAUUUAUUCUAUUACGUUUAUAUAUAUAUGGCGAGGUGGGCUCG